AUGCCGCUGCCGGUGUCGCUGCCGGUGCCGGUGCUGGGGCUGGUGCUGGUGCUGGGGGCCCGGGCGGGUGCCGGGGGUGGCUGCCAGCUCCCGGCCGAGUGGCGGCCGCUCAGCGAGGGCUGCCGGGCCGAGCUGGCCGCGAUCAUCGUGUAUGCGCGGGUGCUGGCGCUGCACCCCGACCCCUACGGCGCCUACAACUACCUGCCCUGGCAGAGGGGCGCCCCCGGCGGCGCCCAGCACGGAGCGGGGGAUCUCUUCUACUCGGCCGAGAUCGAGCUGCUGUGCGACCAGGCGUGGGGCAGCAUGCUGGAGGUGCCCGCCGGCUCCCGCCUCAACCUCACCGGCCUCGGCUACUUCUCCUGCCACUCGCACACCGUCAUGCAGGGCUACGCUUAUUUCUUCUUCCUCCGAAUGGAUGAGAACUACAUCCUGCUGCCACACGGAGUCAACUUCCAGGAGGCGAUUUUCCCUGACACCCAGGAGAACAGGAGAAUGUUUGCCAGCCUUUUCCAGUUUUCCAACUGCUCGCAGGCACAGCAUGUGCUGAGCUUCUCCAGUGACUGGGAGAUUCAAGAGGACAACCGGCUGAUGUGCUCCUCGGUGCAGAAGGCCCUGUUUGAGGAGGAGGACAGGGUGAAGAAGCUGCAGCAGAAGGUGGCGGCGCUGGAGAAGCGCAACAAGCAGCUGCGGGACCGGGUGAAGAAAGUCAAGAGGUCUCUCCGGCAAGCCAGGAAAAACUCCAGGCACAUGGAGGUGGUGAACAGAAAGCUCAGUGAGAAACUUUCCUCUGCAGGUGGUCAAAUGCCCUAUAUUAACUCUUUGAAGCAGGAGAACUCCCACGGUACCUACCUGAAGGUAUAAUGCAGGGUAAGUGCUCAGGCCCGUGGGUUUUGUCUGCGUUAGAGCAGGGUCUGGCCCUCACACCUUCUCUAUGCUGUGCUUCAAACCUUGCAUGGAAAAUGACUCUGACCUUGCUUUAGACACAGUGCCAGAUUAAACAGGAAUGCCAGCUGGAUUUGGCACAGCCCACAGCCGUGUCCUGCUGUUCUCAGUGCACACAGGGCCUGACAAUCAUCUGUGCUUCUCCUCCCUCACCCAGCUGCACCUCCAGCUUUAGGCCGUGCUUGAUGGAAGUGCCAGCCCAGACCUCUGGGCUAUUGACAGGCACUUGACACAGGAGCUCCUCCUGCCAGUUUACCUCCUCCUCAUGGGUGGGCAAGCAAGGCUUCCCAAAUCUUGGGAUCUGAAGAGGGAUGUGGUGGGAAGGAUGAAGGCAUGGAUGCCCUUCACUCCCUUAUCACCCCCAGGCUCUCGGCCUUGAGCUUGACUGAAGUCCUCACCCAGUGCCUGGGCAUAGGCUGUGUCUGAGACUCAGGCAGUUUGUGACCCUCUUCAGCACUAAAUAUAAAUGUGCUCAAAUUGUCUUAAGACUGUCCCUGUAUUUCUUUAAAUAUUCUAAAUCGAAUAAAUAACAACUUUUAUUUUUCCAAAAAGUGCCUCAAAACUCUCAGUAACUCCCCGAGUGCCUUUAUCCCUGGUCAGCCAGCUGGGUUGGAAACCACAUCAUUUUGGGACUGUGUCUAAGACCAAAUCCUGCAGUCAGGAGUGGACUGAGCCUAUGAGUGGGUGUUGGAUCAGGCCCAGCAGGCAAUUUCAGAUCCCAUUCUCAAGCAGGUUUAAUUACAGUGUGGACAAAGCUUCAAGUUUUGUAGUCACUGAGGUAUAAUGGAGGUUGCUGGGCAGCCUCAUUUAGUUACAUUUAAAACCUGUAGAGACCACAUCAAUAUCAACAGGGCAUUAAAAAUUUAGGUAGUUUAUAUAUGUAUAUAUUUUAAAAUCCUAUAGAAAAUAUUUUUAUUACACAUUUGAUAUAGUCUAAUUUCUUAAAAUAUGAAGUAAAACCUGUUUCUUGGUUAUCUCAUAAAAAAGAAAAGUCCAUCAUAUCUUUUAUUAGGCAUUUAGAAAAUCACUUCUGCUCAAGCAGUGUGGGUUUAGGCCUCAGUAUCCAUGGCUGAUAAUAUUAGUGCUUGAAACUAUCCCUGCACUUGGAAAAGCCCAUAUCAGCUUUCAAAUGUGAGCUUCAGGCCAAGCAGAACACAGAAGCUGACUCUCAUUACCUUCCAGUUUUGCUCCUUUUGGAAAUACAUUUUGUUUUCCCCUCUUGAAAUAAUAUUGGCAUUUUUAAAGAUUCUGACUCCUCCUCCAGCUCCACUGGUUUCAAAGGAUCCACCUUCCACAUCACCAGAAUUUGAAAUGUUUUCUGCUGGAGUCAGCAAUGCUGUUUCCUGAGAAUAACUACAGAACUUAGGCUUCCCUAGAAGCCAUCAAGAGAUUUUAACUCCGCAAUUUAAAUCCAUAGAAAAGUAACUACUUUUUGUUGUUUUAUUUUCUGGCUUCUAAACUACUGUUUAAACAAAUGAACUGAUUUUCCUGGCAUAGGUAUUAAAAGCUUGUGUUUUAAUUUUUUGUCAAGAAAAAUAUUCCCUCUGGUAUUCAUUCAUGUUUUAUAAGUGUUUGUAUAAAGCUGAGAAAGUAUAAUUAAUAUAGUUAAACCUUUGCUGUUCUUACAGAUUUUCCAAACACAGUGUUGAAUAUCUUUUUCUUUUGGCUGGUAUUUUUGUUGCUUGAUGAAAAGAUUGGAAUUUUCUUCCUGUUUCCCCCUUUGUCUUCCUUAAAAAAAAAAAAAUUAAAACAUUUUGUUCUCCUUGUAAGUUUUGUAAGAAUUUCAUUUAUUCUGCAAAGAAAACAAAAAGAACCUCCCAAAAUGCAAAGUCCAAAUGCAACCCAAAAUGCUCUCACUGGGUACAAAACUCAAAAAGUGUUGUUUCCUUGUGAGGUUUUUUUUUUUCCUUUCAUUCCUGCUGGGGUUUGGAUCAUUUCCAGAGAUAAGGACUAGCAGUCAGAUCAGUCACAAGUUAACCCUCUCGACAAGUAACAGGGGAUGCCAGACCUGAAUAAAAAUGCCAUUAAAGUGUCAGCACUGAGUGCCUGUCCCUGCUGGUGACACUGUCCAGAGAGGGACCAGGAAAGCUGCACGUGCAGGAAACACAAGAGGAAUGAGGAAUUUGGGUUCUGUCCACCCAGGGCUGGUACACAUCACAAAGCUAUGAUUUUUAGACCCACUCCGUAGCAAUUUCAGGGAUCAGCUCAUCUGGAGACCUGCAAAAAGGGCAGAAUUUCAUGCCAUUUCCAAGAGUAAUGGGAAAGGCAUGGUUGAGUAUGUUCCUCUUGAAAAACUAUGAGGGAAGGGCUGAGAUGCAGAAAUGAAGAGGAGGUUGGCAUAGCUGGGUGGGUUCACAAGAGAUGGUGCAGAAACCCAAAAAUCAUCCUGGUAAAAAACAGAAAGACAAAAAAAUUCCCCAUUUUGUUAGAAACAGCACCAAAUGUGUCAGUUCCCCCUUGAGAAGUUCAAAGAUGCUUUACAAAUUAGUAACAUCUGCUUUUUCAAAACAUAUCAGGAGCUUGAAGGCUGCCAGAGCAUCUGCAGGACCAGUGCUAGGGGUGACCAGAGCAGCUGGACACAACUGGAGACAAGGAUGGGAUUUUUGGCAUCUGUCUGCACUGUGGGGAUGUUUUUGUGGACAAAUAAAUUUUUCCUGAUGGAUACAGAGGAUGACAAGAAGUGAAAGAGCAAAAUUAAUAGUAACAGGGCAGAGUAACUGUAAAAAGGAUGAGAAGAGGGGAGGAGAGGAGA